AUGGAAAAUGAAACUGCAGUGACAUCAUUCAUAAUGCUUGCGUACACUCAGAUGGAAAAGUUAAGAUACCUCAGCUUCUUUAUAUUCCUUAUGUUGUAUGUUAUGAUCCUAGCUGUCAGUUUGUUUCUUAUUGUAGUCAUUUAUAUUAACAAGACAUUACAUGAACCCAUGUAUUUUCAUGUAUGUAACUUGGCACUUAAUGGAAUAUUUGGCAGCACAGGUUUAUUGCCUGCUGUACUGGUACACUUACUGUCCCAUACUUAUGAAAUAUCUCUUUCUUGUUGUCUAACACAGGUUUUCUGUUUGCACACAUAUGCCACUAUUGAAUUUACUAUUUUGGCUGUGAUGGGCUAUGAUCGGUAUGUUGCCAUCUGCUUCCCACUGCAUUAUCACAGAAUUAUGACAUUUUCAAGAAUUUGCAAACUAAUAGCAUUUUCCUGGAUUUAUCCGUGCACUAUUUUCCUCAUGUAUUUCUCGCUGACUCUACGACUGAAGUUUUGUGGGAGGCUUAUACAGAAAGUAUACUGUGUCAACUUUGAACUGGCAAAGAUAGCCUGCUUUGGCAGAUCCAUGAUUAACAUUGCAGGGCUGGCGUCAAUUAUUUUUUUCAUUCUGCCCCAGUUGUUCACUAUACUGUUUUCCUAUGUGAAAAUACUUCGGAUAUGUCUACAGUCCUCCAAAGAAUCACAGCUCAAAGCUCUUCAGACAUGCGCCCCACACUUAUUGUCAGUUACAAUCUAUUCUGUGGGAUCCUUCUUUGAGAUUGUUCAAAGCCGGUUUAAUAUGAGUCAUAUGCCCUCUGGAACGCGAAUUUUUAUGUCACUAUAUUUUAUAUUAUUUCCACCCCUGUUAAACCCAGUAAUUUAUGGUCUGACCCUUCAGUCCAUCAGAAGUCGUCUUUUCAGUACGUUCAGAAAAAGAAAGUUAGCGCCAUCUCCAAAACAGGUUGUACAGAAAUAG